AUGGAGGGGAAGACGGCGGCCGCACAAGCCGUGCAUAAACAGACCGUUGAAAGCGAUGGCAGCGACGAGCAAAGUGACCAGGGAUCCUUUUUUGGCUCUGAGGCGGAGGCGCUACACGAUGGCGAGGAUGUUGGGGAGGUGCUCUCUCCUUUCGGCCCGGAGACCUUCGCAAGCGCUGAGCUUUGCUGGACUCAUGCCGACUCUGCCCACGGCUUCUCUCUGAAGACACUGCGGAAUCGGGUGGGGAAAGAGUGGUCGGACUACCACCGCAUCCGGCUUGUGAACCAUCUGAGGAAGCUUGGACCUGAGGCCGCACGCCGUGAAGUGCCAUCCCUCAUGGCACUCACAGCCGAGUCUGAGAUUUGGGAGCUUGAGGAUUUGCUAAUGCCAGUUCUGGCAGAUGACCUGCUCUUGUUCGACGCAGUGGAGGAGAGCGACGAUAGCGACGUUGAAGAGCCUCACGACAGAAGUGAAGCUAGGAGGAAGGGCAAGGGACACGGCAGCACUGGCUUUUCCAACGUUGCCCUGCAAAGUGAGGAUGCGCACACAUAG